GGCGUGGUGGGGAAGCCUGGGAGCCGCUAGCUGAUUCAUUGUCUCAUUUGCUUCGGAUUCGCUUCCCGAGCCGGUCUCUACCCCCGUCACUAUGGCCGCAGUCAAAGCCCUCAAUCCGAAAGCCGAGGUAGCCCGAGCCCAGGCGGCCCUGGCUGUGAACAUCAGUGCGGCAAGGGGGCUCCAGGACGUGCUCCGGACCAACCUCGGGCCUAAAGGCACCAUGAAAAUGCUUGUUUCUGGUGCUGGAGACAUCAAGCUUACCAAAGAUGGCAAUGUCUUGCUUCAUGAAAUGCAAAUUCAACAUCCAACAGCCUCGCUGAUUGCUAAAGUAGCCACAGCACAAGAUGACAUUACUGGAGAUGGAACCACAUCAAAUGUUCUGAUCAUUGGAGAGCUGCUGAAGCAAGCAGAUCUCUACAUCUCAGAGGGUCUGCACCCCAGAAUAGUGACUGAAGGUUUUGAAGCAGCAAAGGUCAAAGCACUUGAAGUUUUGGAGCAAGUAAAAGUGUCCAAAGAAAUGGACAGGGAGACUCUGAUUAAUGUGGCAAGGACUUCACUUCGCACCAAGGUUCAUGCUGAAUUAGCCGACAUUUUAACUGAAGCUGUUGUGGAUUCUGUUUUGGCUAUUCGACAACCAAAUGAGCCUAUUGAUUUAUACAUGGUUGAAAUUAUGGAGAUGAAACACAAAACAGAAAGUGAUACUACGCUGAUAAGAGGGCUUGUCUUGGAUCAUGGAGCUCGUCAUCCAGAUAUGAAGAAGCGUGUUGAAGAUGCUUUUAUCCUCACUUGCAAUGUGUCUCUGGAAUAUGAAAAAACAGAGGUGAAUUCUGGGUUCUUCUACAAAAGUGCAGAUGAACGUGAAAAACUGGUUAAAGCAGAGAGAAAGUUUAUUGAAGAAAGGGUGAAUAAAAUCAUAGCCCUAAAGCAGAAAAUGUGUGGAGAUACCGGCAAAGGUUUCAUUGUGAUAAAUCAAAAGGGUAUUGACCCAUUUUCCUUGGAUGCCCUUGCCAAAGAAGGAAUUGUGGCACUUCGUAGAGCAAAGAGAAGAAAUAUGGAGAGAUUGACUUUGGCUUGUGGUGGCAAUGCCAUGAAUUCUGUGGAUGACCUCACACCUGAAUGCUUAGGACAUGCUGGUCUUGUCUAUGAAUACACACUGGGGGAAGAAAAAUUCACUUUUAUAGAACAGUGUGAGAACCCACGGUCUGUGACGCUAUUAAUCAAAGGGCCAAAUAAGCACACAAUAACACAAAUUAAAGAUGCCAUAAGGGAUGGACUUCGUGCUGUAAAGAAUGCAAUUGAAGAUUGUUCAGUGGUUCCAGGCGCAGGGGCACUGGAAGUAGCAAUCGCUGAUGCUCUUGUGAAGCACAAGCCUAAUGUAAAAGGACGUGCCCAACUUGGUGUUCAGGCUUUUGCUGAUGCACUUCUCAUCAUUCCCAAGGUGCUUGCCCAAAACUCUGGUUAUGACCCCCAGGAGACACUUGUAAAACUUCAGACAGAAUAUGCAGAUUCAAGCCAGCUCAUUGGUGUUGAUUUAAACACUGGUGAACCUAUGAUUUCAUCUGAGGCAGGAAUUUGGGAUAACUACAGUGUUAAGAAGCAGCUGCUUCAUUCCUGUACUGUGAUUGCAAGCAAUAUCCUGUUGGUGGAUGAGAUUAUGAGAGCGGGAAUGUCUUCUCUGAAAGGAUGAAUAUAGCCUUGUUGUGACACUUUUCUUAUGAUUCAGUUAGGAAGUUUAUUCAAAUCUGAAAUUAUUUGCGCUUUGCUCCCACUGAUUUGCUGAAGUUACUUAAUAAACUUUCUGUAAAAUCUACUCCCACAGCUGUAAAACGAUAGCAAAUAUUGAAAACUUUCAAUGUUUAACAUUUAUUUAUUCAUUUUUUAUGGCACUGAAAUGUACAAGCUGAACCCCUCUGUCUUUGUACAUAAUUAAAAACUUUGCUCUUCA